AUGGCGUCUCGUCAACAAACCCGAAUCCAGGCUUACCUGGAGAAAAACAAGAUCGGUCCUCUGUUUGAGGAAUUAAUGACCAAGCUAAUAACUGAGACACCAGACCAGCCAAUCCCAUUUCUCAUUGACCAUCUUCAGUCCAAGCAAGGAAACCGAGGACAGCUGCAAAGAACUUUGUCUGGGUCAGCAGCCCUCUGGGCAGAAAGUGAACCAUCAGAACCCAAAGGAACAAGAAGGGACUUUAGAAGCUAUGAUAAACCUUGGCAGUUGAAUGCAAAGAAGCCUAAAAAAUCAAAAAGCGACCUUGCUGUGUCUAAUAUUUCUCCUCCAUCACCAGACUCCAAAUCAUUUCCAAGGUCAGUAGACCAUCCUCAGUGGAACUGGCGGACUAAACCACAAAGCCGUGAUUUUGAUGAAUUGAACCACAUCCUUCAAGAGAGCAAGAAGCUGGGGAAAGCCCUUGAGAAUCUCUCUCGAAGUAUUGCAAUUUCAGACGAACUUGAUAAGGAAACAGUGGCUUUCAAUUCUUCUCUUCUGAGACCCCGCGUGAUUGGGGAGUGGAUUGGCAGAGCAGAAAAUGACGCCGAUCCCCUCGCAGCUGAGAUGUUGCAGCCCCCGGUUCCACGGAGUAAGAAUGACCCAUGGGAAAGUGAAGAGAGCAGCCCUAGCCCCGCAGGCAGCUUAAAGAUGGAGCCCAAGACGAAAGGGUUAAAACAGCAGCAGCAGCAGCAUAAGAAACUUCUGGCUGCAAUGCUUUCCCAGGAUUCCUUCGAGUCUGUCCACAGCCCCACCCCAUCUGUAAUAGAAGACAUUGACAAUGAAGACGAUGCAAUGGAGUUGCUGGAAGAUCUGGAUGACCUAAGAAUGGAGGGCGUUACCACUCUGGUUCUUUCUGGGAGCAAAUUUAACCAAGGUCGUCCUACGCACCCCGCUGAGCCACAGGCCAAAGUCACUCUGAACUUCUGUUCAAGGUGUGCCAGGCUUCAAGGGGACAAUCUGUUGGAAAGGACAGAUGACACGCUACUACUUCAUUCUCCAGAGGAGAUGAUCCCAGAUUCACUGGAUUCUUUACCUGGGACUGAAGAAACUCUCAUGGAGGAAGGUGAAGAUUUUGAGAGAACAUCAAAAUUAACAGAACUUGGAGAAGACUCCAGUGGAGGACACUCUUUGAAAUCCUACAUGGAAGAAGAUGAGUCUUUAAAGCAGUUGCAGGUUGUGCAUCAGCCAUGGCUCGUGCCAAGCGACACAGAAAGCGAGGGCAUUGAAGCAGAGCAGGAUAAACGUUCUGCUGAUCUUCUUUGUGUCCCAUGCUCUUCUUGUCCUAGCCUGAUCUACUCCGGUCUGUCUCUGAAGCAAGCAAAGGAUGUUUCAAGUGGUCCUUAA